UUGACAAUUUGGGGGCAAUUUUCAUUAAUCUUUUGUUGUCAUUCCUACUAUUCUGAGACAUAAUUAUGUCUUACUAAAUUCGAUGUCAACCAACAAAGGGCAGUGAGAAAUCACGUGAUCGGAAGCCGACGGAAAAAAAGAUGGCGGUUCAUAAUGACUGAAAAAUUUAGAAGGUACUAUAUAUGAUGUAGUUGUCUGUUGACAAUGAGGCGUUUCUUAAAGAUAUUAGCCUUGUUGGCUGUAUCUGUACAGUUAACUAUUGCUGUUGAUAAGACAGUUGGUACCAAUGUUACCAUGCCAUGUUCACAAAUCCGUGGAGAAGAAAAAGUGAGUGGAACUAUGUGGUACAAGAAUGGCUCUAUUUAUGCCUCCUUAAGUCAAAACAAAGAUCUCACCUUUAAGAACGAUUCUCUGGAGAAAAAGAUCAGGAUAGAUAUUGAAAAUCGAAGUUUAACAAUCUUUAAUUUAACAACAGAAGAUUCAGCAAAUUAUACAUGUAAAGUGUAUGUUGAGAAACCUAGUAAGCUUACAGAAGAAAGGACUGUUACACAUGAAGUUUUUGUUACAGAUGUACCAAGUGCACCAGGUAUACCAAUUGUAGAAGAUAUAGAAGCUGAUCAAGCUACAGUCAAAUGGACACCUAGUCUAUUAGAUAAUAACAGACCUAUAACAGCUUAUAUAUUACACAUCAGUAAAUGUGAUCGUAAUGAUAAAUCAGAAAGAGAUAUAAUUGUAAGUAGUGCUGUAGUAACAUAUACCAUACGGGAACUUAAGCCAUAUACAUGUUAUCAUGUACAAGUUGCCUCCAAAAACAGUGUUGGACGUAGUGUUUUUAGUGCCACCAGUGAUGAUUUUACAACUUUAGCAGCAGCACCAUCAGCAGCACCAAAUAAUUUUACAGCUACUAGUCCUAAUAGUUCUGAGAUCAGACUACAGUGGGAUCAUCCUGAUAAAGAAGAUAUGAAUGGUCAACUGAAGGGAUAUAUAUUGGAGUACAAUAUAGAUAACUCAGCUGAACAAACACUUCGACUUGAAGAUCCAACUAAAACUAAAAUGGUAUUACAAGGACUAAAGCCGUUUACAUUUUAUGAAAUAUCUAUAAAAGCAUAUAAUGAGAUAUCCGAAGGACCUAGUCAAUCAACAGUUGCAAGAACAGCUGAAGGCGUGCCUUCAGCACCAAGAAUAACACAUCUUACAGGCAGAAUGUCGGAUUCCUUUCACGUUCAUUGGGAACCACCUAAAGAAAAGAAUGGUAAUUUAAUCAAAUAUGAACUUCAGUGGCGUCACAAUUCAACAUUACGUACCCGUAUCAUUCAAGGACACCUAGCUAACCCAAUGACAGCCUUUGUAACAAAUUUAGAUCCUUACACAGAAUAUAAAUUACGCGUAGCUGCUUUUACUGGCGGCGGUAAAGGACCUUUUAGUGAAGAAUAUCCAGCUUUAACUGAUCUUCGAGGGCCAUCAAAGCCUAUAAUACGUAAUUUGACAGUUUUAUCACCAAAUACCCUAUAUUUAGCCUGGGAUAAACCCAAAAUUUACUAUAAAAAGAUUGAUAAUUAUAUACUGCGCUGGAGUGAGAUUAAUGGUGAAAACGUACCAGAAGAUAAGUUAUUAGAUGGUGCUGUACAGGAAACAAUUUUAAAACUGCCAGAAAAUAAGAUGUAUAAAAUCAAUAUGGCUGGUAUUACACAGGGUAUCUUCUCUAAAAGCCAUUUUAUUGGUGAAUUCACUACACCACGAGAAUUUGUAAUGGGAGACCCCAAUGCACCAUUUAAUGCAGACAAUGAUGUGGCAUCUGCUGGUAUUAUAGCAGGCGUAAUAACAGCCAUUAUUGUUAUUCUUGUUAUUGUUCUUAUAAUUGUUAGCUACAGAUCAUUUCAGUGUAGAAAAUGCUAUCAAGCAGCAUAUUAUUAUUUAGCUGUUCCCAGUAAUUCUAGUUCAGCUCCACCUACAGUUAUAACAGUAGCAGAAACCUCAGAUGCAAAAGAUUAUCCUGAUAUUCUAACAGAAGAUUUUAUAUCACAUGUGGAAAAUCUUCAUGCUGAUAGUGAUUUUGGUUUCUCUCAAGAAUUUGAUGAUGUGAACAGAAAUACCAAAACUGAUUUUAAAUCGGACAGUUCAUCCCAACCAGAAAAUAAAGGAAAGAAUCGUUAUAUUAAUAUAGCUGCUUUUGAUCAUUCAAGAGUUAUAUUGAAAACUGAAUUAGGACGUAUACGGCAGUCAGAUUAUAUCAAUGCUAAUUAUAUAGAUGGCUAUAAGAAGCCUAAGGCAUAUAUUGCCACACAAGGUCCUUUACCGCAAUCAUUUGGUGAUUUCUGGAGAAUGAUAUGGGAACAGAAUACAUCAGUUAUUGUAAUGAUAACUAAUCUAAUGGAGAGAGGAAGAAGAAAAUGUGAUCAGUAUUGGCCAAAUGAUGGAUUAGAAUUAUAUGGCAAUAUGUCAGUAAAGAUUUUAAAUACAGUCCCACGAGCUCAUUAUACUAUUAGAAUCUUCUCUUUACGUAAUAUGAAGGUAAAGAAGAAGCACUCUGUAAAAGGUGUAGGAGAAAGAUUAGUAUAUCAGUAUCAUUAUACAGAAUGGCCUGAUCAUGGUGUACCUGAUUAUACACUACCACCUUUAACCUUUAUACAGAAAUCAGCUGAAGCUAACAGAGAAGGUGGUGGGCCUAUUGUUGUACACUGCAGUGCUGGUAUUGGUAGAACUGGUACAUAUAUAGUUAUAGAUAGUAUGAUCGCUCAACUUAAAGAUAAAGGAACUAUGAAUAUUCCUAGUUUUCUCCUUCACAUACGCAAACAACGAAAUUUCCUUGUUCAGACAGAGGAUCAGUAUAUGUUUAUACAUGAUGUAUUGGUAGAGUAUUUAUUAGGAGGAGGAGAAUAUACAGAAGUACAGGAGAAUAAUUUAAGUAAUUAUAUCAGUAAACUAACACAAGAUCAGGAGACUAGUAAUGGAACAACGACAAGUCUAGAAUCUCAACUAUCAAAACAAUAUCGGCUGACUACAUCCCAUAUUCCAUCAGAUGAGGAUAAAUCACAGUGUGUAAAGCCAUACAACUUGGAUAAGAAUCGUAAUCUAGACUUGGUACCUGUGAAUUUAAAGAGAGUGACAUUACCAGUACGACCUGGUAUCGAGGGUUCAGAUUAUAUUAAUGCUACUUAUCUACAGGGCUAUUAUAAAUCGAAUGAGUUCAUUAUAACACAACAUCCAUUAGAAUCGACGGUAGAAGAUUUUUGGCGUAUGGUAUGGGAUAGGAGUAGUCCGGUUAUAGUUGUUUUAUCACAAGUUGAUAAUGAGAAUUUUAAAGAGUUCUGGCCAGAGAGAGAUAAUUCAUUUGAGGUGACAAAUGUUUUUAAACUAGCUUUACGAGAAGAGGACCAAGAAUAUCAAGAUAAUACCCGUGAUUUUAUACUAGAAUCCACACAGUAUGAUUAUACAUUUAUGACAAAAUUGUUAACAACCCAAGAUGCUGUGUGGCCAGAUUCAUGCACAUCAUUACAUAAUGUGUUUGAUCUGAUACAAACAGCUCAGAAACUACAACAAGACAAUGAUAUAGGUCCAGUUAUAGUUUUAGAUGGUAAUGGUGGUGUACAAGCCAGUAAAUUCUGUGCUCUAUGGACAUUAUUUAAUCAGCUUACUAAUGAUCAUGUUAUUGAUGUUUACCAACUUGCCAAACUUUAUCAUCUUAAACGACCAGGAAUUAUUGGCUCUCAGGAAGAUUAUGUUUUCCUGUAUAAAGCUAUAGAGAGUUUGUCUCUACAUUAUUUAGAAGAAAAGGAAUCUGUUUCCUCUUCACCGCGACAUCAUAACUCACAUUAUGGUUCAAUGAGAAAAAAUGGAACAUUACCACAUAACAAUACCAAUAACACACUAAAUAAAAAUGAGACGGUUAUUUGAGUACUGGAACAAUUUUUAUAUACCGGUACAAGUUAUAGUUACCCGCUUCCUAUUAUGGUGAAAUGGACCGAAAUAUUCCAGUUUUUACGCUGAUAGUUGAUCAUAUCUUCAGCAUUUUUUUAAAUUGUAAUUGAUUUUUCUGUAAUGUAAAAUUCGUACUGCUACUGAUCGUCUUAUUCCAGAAGGAUUGAUCAAAAUACACAAAAAGUGGCUUCCUGUUUUCACCAAUAAUUUUGGACUAUGUUUUGUACAGUUGCUAUUUAUUAACAUUUAUACUAAGUGGUAAUUUGCUUGUUGUGUGACAUAGGAAUAUACUCCAGGAUUGAGUCCAUUUUGGUUCUUUGCUAGUGCAACUUUUUUCCUUAUGCUGAGAUGGACAAAUACAGAAUAUGCCCUAUUGGAAAUGGAUGUAGACAUCGUUCGAUUAUCAAAGAGACAAUGAUUAUGUGGUUUCAAAGGAUGUCGUUUAUGAUUUAAUUACACACGCACACCAUUGAGUGUGUAUUUUUCCGCUUAAACUACAUGGAUGUUUUUUCUUAUACUUAGCUUUUAUAUAUCAUACAAAGGUGCUGACAUUUCUUCUUGUAUUUUGCUGACUAGCAUUCAAGUUUUUUUUAAAAUUUUGCCUGUUUGUUUUUUAUGUAACAAAUGAGAUAAUCAAAGUGAUGUUUUAAUUGUAGAAUCUGUUGUAUAGUGUAAUUUAUAAACUAGAUGACCUGUAUAUUAUGUUGUGUGUCGUGAAUCUCUUGAUUUAAAUAGCAUAAUAAACAAUUCAGAAGAUAGUUCUUUAAUACCUGGAUGUAUAUAUUCAAUAUCUUCAAUUUCUAAUUCUUUUUCAAAGCUUUUUCACAUUACAAAUGCCUUUUAUAAAAACAGGAUUUUGUACUUUUCAUGGUGAUACUUUGAUGAAGCCUUAACUGAUUUGAUAUUGUGUUAUGCUAAGAAAUUAGUAGCAUUUAUUCUAUUAUAAAUUCAUUCAUUUGUACAUUAAUAUCUUUUCUACUUGAAUAUAUGAAACAGUUUUCUAAUUAACUUACAUUUUUCACCCAAAAAUUUUAUUGCAUUGCUCUUUUCUCCAAAAAUAUUUAAAGACUUUAUUCAACUAUAUAAUGUAUUAAUGUUCCUGACAAUGACUGAUAAGUAAGUAAACAAAAAUAAUGUAUAUUCUUCUAAUAAAUGUUUAAUAUAGGUAUCAGCUACAUGUCUUUGGUAAUCUACAUUACCCUUUUCGAAUUUCAAUUUGAGUUUAAAAUCUGUUAUUCAAAACCAGAGAUACAUACAUACAUUGAUAAAAAAAUAAGAUGACCUAAUACAGAAUCUUCAAUAAUAUACAUGUAGAACCAAAAUCUGAUCAUAUACGUUGCAUGCAGAACAUCUUGGAUUUCUAUGGUAUAAUUUUAAAUAAAUGAUAUUUAAAUGUGCGCUGCCUUUCUCUACUACCUUUUUAUUUUUCCAGCAUUCUACUAUUCUUUUGGUAUUGAAAAAGGUAUAUAAUUUGUUUUAUACAUGAAUGGCUGGUCCAAAAAUGAAAAUAGUAAUCAUUAAUUGUUAUGAUAUUUAUGUUUAUUAUUUUAUUAGUAAUAAUCUUAUUUGCUAGCCCACAAGAAAUCCGCUUUUACUUAGAAACUAUUUUAUAUUGGCAAUUUGAAAUGAUUUGAAUAUGUAUGUAUUAUAUAGACUUCCAGAUGAUACUGACCAAUGACUUAUGUAUAUUAUAUAUAUUUUGUAGUAUUGUUUAGUUUGUAAUAUUUAAAACAGGUUGUGUAUUAUUUUUGUUUAUGUUAUUUUGGUAUAAUUCUAUUUUAUCUAACAAUAACCUGCUUUACUUUAUUAUUUGAAGUUAAUCUUAAAUCUUUGAAAACAUUUCAGAAUUAUAUACUCUUGUCUUGUGUAUAUAAUUAUCACAGUUAUCAAAUAUGCAUUAAUUUUAAAAGUUUUGAAAUCAAUUAAUAGCCUUUAUUGACAGUGAAUAAUUUUUAUAAGUAAGUUGUAUGUAGAAGUAAAGUUUAAGUGAGUGUUAGAUGAAUAGGUUAUAAUCUAUAUAUAACAAGCUGUUGAUGACAUCACUUGUUAUGUUUACGUUGUUUUAAAACCCGUACAUCAUUUUGUUUAUAAAUAUUAUCAUUAUACCAAGUACGUAUUAUUGUCAUUGAUAUAUUUAUCAACAUAUUUCUCUACUUAUCAAUUAUGAUACCUAUGCCUUUCAAUACAUCUUUUUCUACAUCAUUGGAAGAUUUAUUGAAAUUGUGAAAUUCUAUACACUUUUUGGUUUAGUACAUAAAAUACUGUAAAGCAAGAAAUGAAUGUAAGCAAGAAAUUAAUGUGUUAAAUGUAAGCUACACCUUAUUGUUCUAAACUAAAAGUGUGGAGGAUGGUUAUCAUGUUAUCGGCAAUAAAUUAUCAGAUAAUGGGUGUCUUACUUAUUUGAUUAACUUUCAAGCAGCCACCAAAUUGUAAUGUUAGAAAAUAGGAUAUAGCUGGUCACAUUGAUUUCAUUGAGACAUUGGUGUCUGGUUUUAUAGUACUUCUAGAAAUUAUCAAAAAUCUUUUGAAAAAAAAAAAGAACACCAUUAUUUGUCUUCACAGAAAUAAAAUUGUAUAUUUUUGUUGACUUUUAGGAAGGAUGGUGAUAUUGUUGAUCUGAUUGUAAAAGAUAGGUUGAUAAAUAUAUCUAGUGAUAAACAGUGAAAUAAGUUAGAAGUAUGUAUAAAAAUCAUAAGUUUUCAGGGCUCAGCUUUAUUUACUAUUGUUGUAUAUGUGUAUCUAGUCGUAACUUGUAUAUAAAUUACUCAUAUUGUACAAUUACUGCUUUAACAUCAUUUUAAAUCAACCCUUUUCUUAUUAUUUGUACAUAUUUUGUUGUUCUCUUUUUUUCUUUUUGUAUUUUAAUGAAAUAUUUGUCAUUUGUGUAGUCAAUGUUAUUGUGGUGUUUUUUGAUAUUUUACAAGUUUUCAUAAUCGUUUGGUUGUUCUUCUCUCUUAAUUCAAUAUAAAGGUUGUAAUAUUUUAAUUUCUUGUACUAUAACUUUAUAAAAGUUUCAAUACGUAAAAGAUUAUUUUCAAUCUAAAUUUUCAUAAAGUAACACAUACUUAUGGAAAACAGCUACUGAUUUAUUUAGGCAACGUUUCGAAGAGUAUUCUUUCAACAUUAUCAAGAAUACUCUUUGAAAUGUCGCAUAAAUACAUCAGUAGCUGUUUUCUAUAAGUAUUUGUUAUAAUUUAUUUAUCUAUCCAGUUGCUAAAUGCCCCUAAAAGAAUACUAAAUUUUCAUGUAUUGUUACAGUACGUAUCAUCUUCUGUUGGUAGUGAACAAUGCUUCUAUGUUUUUCUCAGCAAGAUUACAUAAUGAAAUGAGAAAUUGAUUUAAGAAAGUAAAUAUAAAUACAUGAUGUACAUGAUUUGAUUAAUACAAAUAGGAUCACCUGGAUUUAAAGAGGUUUUAUCAAUCUCUUACCAAGACAGAAAUUUAAUAGACUUCACGCUGCUAAUGCAUCUUUAAGAUUAAGAGCACUCAUCAACUAUUCAUUUGUAAACUUGCUGACAGAGACUGGUAUAAGAAUUGUGUAGGAACUAAGUAAGUUGAACCAAAGUGUCGAGUUUAUAACUUUAAGAAUAUAUACUACACUUUUUUUAUAUUCUUAGUUGCCAAAUAUAUUUAUUACAGGGUUAUGUCAAAUUUUAGAAGUAAUACUAUGUAAUUUAUCUUCCUAGGUUCAUUCUUAAAACUUUUAUCCCCCAAAUUUUAAUGUGCUCAUGAUAAGCCAUAUUUUGGCUUUUUAUAUGUACUAAUAGUGAGAUGACAUUUGUUGCUUUCUGUUUGCUCAAAAGAAUAACUUAUAUCCAAACCAUUUUUAUGUGUAUGUUUUCUAUUUUUGUGAAUGUCAAUUAUUAUGUAUGCUUUAUAAACUGUACAUGGAAAUCAUCAUAAUAUCAUCUUUGUUAUUAUCAUUCAUACUUUUUACUUUGUUCACUUUACAUAAUGUGCUUCAUAUUAAUGUCUUUAUCAUAUUAACAAGAAUAUUCAGCUUUCCAUAGUAAACUCAAUCAUUUUGAAUAUGCUUAGAGACAAAGCUCAAAAGUUUGAUUAUUGAUCAAUUGUCUAUAGGGCAACAUAUUGGUAUAUAGCUAUACACAUGUAUACAUACUUAAUCUGUGUUACAUGUAAAACUACAGUAGUAGUGUCAGUCCUCUUUACAUCCGUCUUAAAUGUUAUUAUGCCAGCUAGACAAUCUUUUUAUUUUAUAUUUAAAGAGCACAUUAAGACUGUGAGGAGCAAUGUUUAAUUAUAUUUGGCACCAUCUAGCCCAUAGUAAAACCAUUCGAUUUAUAAUAGAUGUGAUCUAAACAAAUAAUUUUUUUCCGGUACAGAACCUGUAAUUGAUCAUUUAUACCCCAAUACCUUACCAUAGUUAAAUAGCAAGAGUUGGGUAAUCAGCAGUUAACUUUAAAAUGACACUCUUCUCAUUGGCUGUAUUAGUUUGUUUUGUUGGAUGACAAUUUGACCUAAUCUUUCAAAAGGGAAUUUUAAUUCAACACUUUAUUUGACCAAAAUCAAAGAGGUUUAGCAUCAGGGAGAGCAUUUGCACUUUUAAAACUUGUUUUAGAGACUGGUUAUUGAUCAAAUUUCAGGAAUAUUGAGUUACCACCUACGGUUUAAAAGAUAUGUAAAUGUGGUAUAGAAAUAGCUAGUUCGCUUUUGAUUGAAAAGAUUGCAAACAAGUUGGCCAACAAGUUGGCCAGCAAGGUUACAGAUGAACCUUUUCAAGUUGUGCAUCAGUUAAACAUAUAUUUAGAAUGAACAAAUAAAAAAAAUAUAGAGCUAUUGCCCCCCACCUCGAAAUCCUAGGAGAGGCAUUUUACAAGAAUAUUAACUUAAGCAGGAAUUGUACAUUUGUGAAGUUAAAUGGUUGGGUGUAAGUUAGAUUAGAUGAUUAAUAAAAUAUUCAUGAAUCAAUAUGGUGUUAACAUCAAACUCUUGUUGGUAAGUUCCAGUUAAUUUAAUAUUAUUUAUUUAGUAAUCAACUAUAUUGCAGACCUGUCAUCAAUAAUAUAUAAAGUUAUCUAAUUGUGCUAAAUUUUAAAAAUAAAAAAAGAACUUUCAUAUUCAUAAUUUGAACAUUGAUUAGAGUAUUAUAGUUCUAUUUUAAAUGAUAAAUGAAAGAAUGUGUAGAUAUAUAAUGAGAUACUGUGUACUCUUAAUUCUAACAUAUCAGAUUGCUCAUAGUACUAAUGUAACCAUCCUGUCCCGUUAUUAUCUAUUAUAUAUAUAUAUCAGUAUUGUUAUAUAUUAUCAGUAUAUAUACACAUAUUAUAUAGUAUACAUGUUUCUACCACAUGCAUGAAAUUAUAUCUUGUGUAUAUUUUACAUACAUUGCCAAGUCUUGAAUGUAAUUGUGUAAUAAAGCAUUGUCUGUCUUGCCUAUGUGGGCUCAGAAA